AUGGAGGCUGACGCUCUUGGGGCCGCGGCUGAUGAGGUGGAUUCGACUUCAUCGCCUUCGACGGAGGAGUUGCCGAUGCCGGUAUUCCUCCACCGGCAUCGGAGGGGGCUUCAUCGAACCUCGAGGAUGGUGAGCACGCCACUUCGCAAUGCUCAGGCUGAGUCGGGAAGCCCGAGAUCGUGGAGAACAGCGAGCGGGGAACGAAGUGGCGAGAGAGGUGAUGAAGGAGCUUCCAGUGGAGAGGCGAUGAGCCAGGAGUCCGAUCCGUGGCUGGGUGGAGACCCUUGGCAGCGCGGACAGGAGAACUAUGAGCCCAAGUAUGACAACUGGUCAUCUCCGAGCUCUUCGGUGAGUGGCAAUGGAACAUCACGGAGGAGCAGUUCGAAUGACUCUUGGCAAUACAUUCAAGACACCUCAAGGGAGUCUCGACAUGUAUACUGGGCUGAUGGUGGAUGGAGCCAAUCCCAAUGGGGUGCAUCCCAAGAAGAUGACAUGGGGAGUAGCUGGUCUUGGUCCUCUUCAGAAUCAGGUUGGUCCGGGACCGGACCAAAUCAGUGGGGAUGGCGAGAUGACCUCGCCAGAAAUUGGGAGACUGAUUCAGAAAGGUCAGGGACCAGCGAUUGGUCAUCGAGCUCUUGGAAGACAGCCCGGGAAGAUGAUGGACGGGCUGGUGGAGAUUGGGGGCGGACUUCAUCCGGCCUUCAGGGUGGACAAGAACGAGGUCCUGGUGUAUGUGCAGGUGAUCGGGCGGCGGCUGGGCGGCCUACGCCCGUGGGUCUACCUGCGGAACUUGGAGAAGGUCCUCAAGUUCAUCAUGGUGAUCCUCUGCGCAGUGAGGCGAGCAGCCGGGGGGAGCAUGACAAGCAUGAUGGCAUGUCACCAAUGUCACCGGCAGCUCAACCAGCUGGUGAGUGGAACCGACCCUCAGGACUGGUACCUUCGGGGCAACCAUCGGUGGCGGGAGGCUCAGGUGGUGCAGUUGGGGGUUCUUUGAAGGAAGGCACCACCGGGAAGAUCUCCACUACAUACCCUCCCAUCUUCUAUGCUCGACCAGGUGAGAGUUGGGAGCAGUACUGGAGGACUGUCACCUUCUGGUUGGCUUCGGAAGGGAAGUCAUUGCCGGUGGAGAUGCGAGGUCCACGCCUCAUGCAGCAGCUGAGGGAGCGCGCAGGCAAGAUCGUUCAACACUUGACUGUGGAAGAGGUGACCUCCGAACAAGGAGUGCAACUCAUCAAGCAGGAGAUGGAAAAAUCACCAAUAAUCAGGCUCCUGGACAACAAGAAGAUUGACAAGAGACGCCAAAAGUUCAUGAAAUUGACGAGGUUGGCCAACGAGAGCAUCGAGAGCUUCAUCAAUCGAGCAGAGAUAUACCGGCGGGAGAAUGAGGCUUCACCCGCCUAUCGAGUUGGUUCUUGCUUUUAUGUUGGCCAUUUGCUCGACAGCGCAAAACUGACAAGAAAGGACUUGGCGCUCUUGAAAGCGGCUUGUGGAGGUGAUGUCGAAGAUGAAACUAAGGUCAUCUCAGCGAUGUUGGAGUUGGCUGAACAAUUUGAAGGAGCACCACAUUGCCCGAUUGGUCGUGGUGAGCCUCAAUUGGAUAAUGAGGACCAGUACCUGAUCCAGAAGCCUGGCACCUCAUCUUCCUCGACCCCACCUACAUCGGCUUCUGAACAUACUCCACGUCGACGCCCUUUUUCACGGGGGCGGGGUGGUGGCUUUGGGCGUUUUCGCCGUGGUCGUAUUCGAGACGCUCUGGUCGCCAUCCUGGAGGAAGAAGAUGACGGUGAAGGGGUGGCGGAGGAACUGGCUGAAGCCUUGGGGGAAGAUUCGAUGGAUGAAGAAGAAGAGAGAGGAGAACAGGCCAGCGAUCUGAAUGAGUUCAACGACGUCCUAGUUGCCGGACCUACAUCUGAAACUUCAUCGACGGCAACACCCCUGGCGGAGAUCUAUGCCCAGGAGUAUAAAGCCCGGAAUCGAGUGCGAGAGAUCAAAAAGAUGAGGCAAUACUUCCAGAAGGAGGCACCAGGUGGUCCAGCAGCGGCGAGGAAUGAACAUGUGAAGAAGUGGGUGGCCGAACAGCAGAAGAAGGAGCCCUGCUUCAUUUGCCACCAGCUAGGACAUUGGAGCCAAGAGUGCCCAUAUCGUCGCAAGGAGAAGCCAAUGGUUCACUCCGCAAAUGUCUUCGAGCUCAGUCAGCAGGAAUGGGAAAACGUGGGGCAGGACAACGAGUUGGAAGAGAUGUCCGCCCAAGAGGAAGACACGACCGGGGUGGCAUCCUUGAGACAUCCGAUGAGGACGGUGAAGCGGCAAUCAUUGAAUCGCAUGCUGCGGAAGCCAACUUCCACCAGUCCACCGGGGCGCAAGACUCUGAGCAAAAUGACCAAGGGCCGGGACAGCAAGACACCGGAGCCGGAUCAACCUGCUUCGAGUUCCGAGGCACAGAUGAGCAUGGCACAGAUCCAAGCCAUGAUGGUGCGAAUGCAGGAGAUGAUGAUGGCUCAGGGCAUGCCCAGGGAGCAGGAAGUCGAGGCAGAUCAGGGGCACGAUCCGGGUCAACGACAUCGAGGACGCAGUCAGGAGCCCGCGAAGACCAAGGACAAGGUGAAGAAGACACCCAGGGCGGUGAGGACAGCGGCCCUGACGGGAGACGAAGCACCGUUUCCUUCUCUGUCGACUCAGUUCUCGGACGACCCCACGAUGAACCUCAUGAUCAGCCUGCGGUCGCAGACUCUCACGUUCAAAUGGAAGCUUCUCCUGCUCAUGUUGAGGAUCAAGCACGCGGUGGAGGUGGAGAAGCGCCGGUGGAAGCGCAAUCCCAGGUGGAUUGUGAAGCUGCACGGUGGCUUGGCUGGCACAGUGAUGCAGGAGGAGACCUCGACUGCUGAACAGGAGGCUCGUCGGAUGGACCGGCUCGACCUCGUCAUGGGCACCCCGGGUUAUGAGUCGGCGAUGGACGCCCUCCAUGUGGUGCCGGACUAUGAGAUUGUGAAUGACGACGGUGGCCAGUCUGACGAUGAGCAGGGUGCUUCAGGAGUCCAGAAAGCAUUGCAGACUCACUCAAAGAUCUUUGACGUCCUGGACGCGAAGUCGGCUCAGAUUAAAGUUUGGACUUUGUUUGAAGUCUUUGCGGGCUGCGCCCGUUUUUCUCAACGGGCAAUGCACCGCCGCAAUGCUUGCUGGGACGUGUUGCCCCCACAAGACAUCCUGUAUGGGCUGGAUCUUUUGAAGGAAGAUGAACUGGAGAUGCUCAAGGAUGUCAUCAGGACCCAACGUCCAGAUGUUGUCACUGUGGCUCCUCCCUGUGGCCCAUGGUCUUCCUGGCAGCGGAUGCGCAAACGGAAGAGUGCCUUGAGAGACCUCCGUCGCCAACAUCUACCAUUUUGGGAUUUUGUCACUUGGCUUUGGGAGUUCCAAUGUUCCACCGGGGGGUUGGUGGUGCUUGAGCAACCGGCCUCUUCUGAUGCUUUGCGACUGCCGAUGAUGACCCGUCGCCGGCGAGUUCACCAGCGGGUAGUGCACAUGUGUCGCCUGGGGAUGAGAGAUCAAGUGACGAACAAGCCUCACAAGAAACCAACAGUGGUGCAGAUGAACCAUGCGGCCAUCACGACUGAGAUGUUCCCUCAGCGCCUGUGUGAAUGCCAACCCGGUGAACACCAGCCGAUCGAAGGAUCUGUCCAGGCUCUGAUGGAUGAGAAUGAGAGUAUGAGGGUCGAGCUCCAUCAACACACACCGGAUACCAGAGUGUGGGAGGCAGUACCCGUGGAGGUGGAACCCACGGCAGAAGGACAGCUAAGGCAGCAGAUGGCAGUGACCGACGGCCUCCACAGGUAUGACUACGUCUCCUUCCUGGGUGCUUCAAAUGGACUCAGCAGAAAGGUGCGCUCCACGCUGGCUCACCUUCAUGUGGCGCUGGGACACAUCAGCAAUGAUAAGCUGGCCCGGAUGAUGUCACAGAAUGGGGCGAAGCCGGUGGUUUUGCAGGCCAUCAAGGACUUGGACUGCCAGAUAUGCAAACAAGUGGUGGCACCACACACCACCCCAAAAGCGGCCUAUGCACGGCCCAUGUCCUUCAAUGUCCGAACAUGUGCAGACACCUUCUAUGUUUGGGAUGCUAAGGCGACCAAAUUUGCAGUCACCCACGUCCUGGACGCUUUCUCGCUCUACCAGAUGGCGAUUGCAACGGUGGACGCCUCGGCCCAAAGCACUGUGGAAAGCCUUCUCCGGACCUUCAGCAUCUACCACGACAUGGUGCCGCCAAGCGCUUCCUGGCGGAUGGGACUGGCAGAGAGGCAUGGGUCCGUCUUGAAACUGUUGGUCAUGAAGAUCAUCAAGGAGAAGACUAUCAUAGGCCUGGAGGAGGUGCAGACGGCGGUGGCCUCGGCGGUGGCAUCUCGGAACCUACAGGCCCGAGUAGCAGGAUUUUCGCCGGCGCAGCUGAUCUUCGGCAAAGAGAUGAGCCUGCCGGGCAACCUGAUGGAGGCCAUUGCCGGUCAGUUCAAGUUCCAGGUAGCCAACCCUCAGACCAUGGAUGAAGCAAUCCAUCGGGCGAGCUCGAUCAGACGAGCGGCCACAGAGGCGUACCAGUGGUUGGAGGCGAGCGAUGCAUUGAAGAAGGCUGCUGGAUCAAGGGCGAGGCUGCCUCGGUUAGAACUGCUGGUGGAGGGCUCGAUGGUCAUGUUCUACGAGCCGCCUGUGAGUCGUCGUGGACUGGCCCGCCGCUUGCAGGACCAAGUGUCUUGGGUGGGACCAGCCGUGGUGGUGGCGGUGGAAAGGUUCGACGGGGCGAUCAAGCGGGUGUGGAUUAGAUACAGGUACAAACUUCGUGGACUACCUCUAGAGCAUGUUCGAUUGGCAACUGGAGAUGAGAUUGAGUCCACAAAGGUGACCAAAGAAGCUCUACAAGACCUGAUGAAGAAACUCCAGUCGGGCAGAGUGAAUGCAGACAUUGCGCCUGAAGAUGAGCCGGUACACUUGCCAACACCUGCCGAUCCUGAUCCACGGUACCCGCCUAUGGAGUUCAGUGAUGAUGAACAACCGGCUGAGGACAAGCCCGUGCGAGUAGAGGAUCUCCACCGUGCCACUUCCGUGUUAGAUGACAUACCCAUUUCGGUGGCGCAGAAGAUCAAACAGAAAGCAGAUCAAGGGCAAGCUGAUAGAUCAACGAGACGCAAGCGGAUGCGGAAGCUUCGUCUAUCAGGGCUACGGCAGAAGCGGGACUUCUAUGAGACUGCCUUUAAGUCGACCCAAGAGCACCUGAAGAAGAUGAAGACGAAGCUUGAGAAAAAGGAGGCCAUGGUGGUCGUGCCUGUCCGGGAUUGUGAGCUCGUUGAAGAAGGGGGCGAGUCGGAGGUGCCGAACAGUGCAGACCCAUGCUAUAGCCCAUUUUCGGAAGAUACCAAUGAGACUUCACCGUCAAUGGACUCGCCAUUCAUUGAGGUUGACAUGUUUGCGGUGCCCAAUGUCUAUGAUGAUCAGGGCAAUCCCCAUGAAGUCUCACAUGAUAUGUACGUGGUGGACAUGUUGAGGGAGUGCCCACCGAUCAAUGUUGACUAUGAUGUGCUGGAGGCUGACUGGCGACCUGACGGUGAGAGGAGGAUCGGUAUCCGGCGGAGGAACCCAACACCAUGCAUUCGUGCCAAAGUGCCUGUGGCCAAGUGGCGCACGCUGGGAGAUGUUCCCGGAAGGCUUCGACGGCCUCUCACUCGUACCGAGAUCAUCGAGGUCUACAAGAAGGCACCUGGACGUGCUCAAGUGUUGGACGAACUCAGUGACUACAUGGAAGCGAAUUUGCCGGGUGAGAUGUUGCUGCGGUUGAGCGGUGAGUCUGACUAUUGGCUGCAUGCGCCUUCGCAGCGAGAGCUAUGGCGAGUGCACCUUCAACCUCGGCAGUACCUCUUUGUGCCGGGCGUGGUCCCUGAUGAAGAACACCCACAAGAUGCACAAGGUAUUCCUUCUGAAGUACCUGGACUACAAGGGCUACGGGCGACUCAGGUGGGGUACCUGUCGCCCCAGGCGUCCAAGGAGUACUUGGUGGACAACAUCAACUGGAAGGGCUGGAACGCUUCAGUGCAUCUGAAUCAAUUGUCGCGAGGUGUCACUCGGUUCGUCACUAUGGACCCCGUGAAGGACCACCCUAUCUUGGCCACAUGGAAUCAAGGAAGAGCUGCUGCGGAAGAUUUGUGGAGGAGGCAUCUCAAAGCCAAUGCCGCUUACCAGGUGUUGGUGGCUGAAGGGCAGGCGGCCGACUUUAUUGCUCCGGCCGAUGGACUACACGCUGACCAAUCUCAUCGGUUGGAGGUAGCCUUGGAUGCGCUAGAGUGUUUUCAGGCUUUUCAGACAACUGCGGCCCUAGCUGCUCCAACCGCUCAUCCCGACCAUCGUGGUUUGACUGAGUUGUGCACAGCUGAGCAACUACUACUGGAAGUGCAUGCAUCUGAAGUGCUGCCAAGUCGAUUUGUUCUCGUGAACAAGGCUGAUCCCAAGAAUGUACAUCCUACGGAUGAAGACUUGGCUCUGGCAAAGCUUAAAGCGCGGUUGGUCAUUGCUGGACAUCGAGAUCAAAGGGCGGGUGACUAUGCGACCGAUGCUCCGACAGCUAGUCUAGUUGCCCACAUCUUCCUUUGCUUUGUUGCAGCUCAAUUUCGCUGGCGCAUGUACUUUGCCGACAUCUCCGCUGCGUUCCUACAAGGUGACUAUCUUCCAGAGGGCCGGAGAGUGUGUGUGCAGUCACCUAAGAACUACCCGCUGUUUGUGCGCCAGUUCCUGCUAACCAAAGUACCUCCUGGGGCACGUACUGACCUCUUUCGUAUGAAGAAGGCUGGGUUUGGGUUAGCUGAGAGUCCUCGACUUUGGUACCAGCGAUUCAGCAGGGACAUCAUGAGCAUUGGCGGCAAGGAGCUUCGAUUGGCACCAGGCGUGUUCGCUUUCUAUGACCCUGAAGGGCAGGUUUGGGCGAUGCUAGCCGUCCAUGUGGAUGAUGUCCGAUUCAUUGGAAGCGAAGAAGCUGAACAGAAGUUGUGGCCACAGCUCAAGUCCCUAUUUACCUUUGGUGAUUGGGUGCACCCGAAGGAGGACACCAAGUUCUGUGGCCGGUGGGAGAGGCAGAACGACGACUACUCGAUCACCUUGCAGAUGAACGAGUACUCGAAGAAGGUCAAAGAUCCACCAUCGAGGUCCAAUCCACAGAGCCGACAGCCGCUGAUGCCCAACGAGAAGGCCUGGAUUGGGACCAUCAUUGGCCAGCUGAGCUGGUUGGCGAGGCAGGUGAGGGCCGAUUUGCUGUAUGGUUGUUCGAGGAUUCAGCAACUGAAUGGCACCAAUGACCCGACGGCCCUCUCAGAGCUGAAGAUCUUGGUGGAGAGAGCUCGGGAACCCCACUACCAACGCGUGGUGCGCUCAUCCCUGGCGGCGGAAGUGUCGCAGGCGGCGGUGGCCAUGGAGGAGGCAGACUUCUUGAGGGCUUUGAUGGCUGAAGCAUUGGAGAAGAACUUCUCCCUGAAGAACUGGCUCCAGUCGGUGGCCAGAUGGCGCCAGGUAGCCGUGAUGGACUCCAAGACUGGCUACGACUUGCUGAAUGGCACAUCGCUCGGAGAGGACAAGAGAUUGGCCAUUGACGUGGCUUCGAUGAGGCAGGCACUUCAUGAAGACGGAGGGUCUCGGAUGGUGAGAUGGGUUCCAGGAGAAGAGAUCCUAGCGGACGACCUCACGAAGCUGGUGGGAAACCAGAAGCUGGUCACGGCCAUGGAGGACGGCAUGUGGGCGCUGAAGGAUACUGAAGAGGCAAAACGCCUCCGAGCAGACGCCGCGGUACGAAAGCGUACCUACAGGCGGCGUCGGGCAUCUGCUCCAUAG